AUGAGCUUCUUCAAAGCGCUGAAAGGGUUCUUUUUAAAAGAUGACUUUGAUUUUUCACAUCCUGACAUCGACUUGCAUAGCUUUCACCCUCAGUUGCAGAUGUUUAUUGCUAAUUUGGGAAUAUUCUUCAAUAACCGUAACUCUCCAUUAAGGUUCCUGUGGCCGUUUCUAAACCUAUCGUUGUCCAUUAUUGGAAUAGCUUUUCAGUUGAUUUUUGUUUAUCACGGUAUUGAAGUAGAAGACUAUUCCUUUGCCACGGAAUGUUUCUGUUACUUCGUGAUGCUCUCCGUGAUCCCCAUACUCUACGGGAGUGUGCUUAUGAAUAACCGUAACGUGGUACUACUGCUGGACAAAAUGAACAAGGAUUUUAAGUUCAUCUGUAAAUUAAGUUUUAAAUACAGAGAUCAUUUCUUGAAGAGGCAGCUGUUGAUCUGGCAGCUCUGCUUCACUUGGCUGGGGUUCCUUUGCUGCGUGGCGGUGCUGUAUGUCCUGAUGACCCUCGCGCCACUCACUUACCAGAGCCUGUUCGCCACUCAAGAUGAGCAUAUGAUUCGGCCUCUGGUAUUCCCCAUGUGGCUGCCCAAGGACGACCCUUACAGGACACCUAACUACGAAGUAUUCCUAUUUCUUCAGAUGAACUUCCUUCUGAUAUUCAUACAAUCGUUUGGAGUGUACGUCUACAUCCAAUUUCACGUGCUGCUACACAAUUUUAUACUGCUGGAGCUGGUGAUACUGGAUUUCGACGUGAUAUUUGAGGGUCUCGAUGAGUCAGUAGUGGAGCUCUCGCCGUAUGAUCCGCGCCGCGCGAGCAUACAGCAUGUGUUCAACAAAAGAAUCGAGAGAAUAGUCACAUGGCACGACUCUGUUUUUAAGUCGAUCGCAACACUUUCAACUGUACAAGGACCAGUUAUAGUUUACCAAGUAAUGUUCAGCUCUCUAGGAAUAUGUUUGAUGAUGUAUCAAGUAGCGGAUAAACUGGACAACGGCACCUUCGACAUCCUGUUCAUGUUACUGACUGUAGCAACAACUCUUCAACUGUGGAUACCUUGCUAUUUAGGCACGUUAUUGAGAAAUAAAGCAUUCGACGUGGGCGACGCAUGUUGGAACUGCGGCUGGCACGAGACUUCGUUGGGGCGCAUGAUCCGCAACGAAAUCUUAAUAAUCAUCAUGCGCGCGCAGCAUCCAAUCUCCAUCAAAUUCACCGGCCUACCCAACCUAUCACUAGAAACUUUCUCUUCGAUUAUGAGUUCUGCAUACUCAUACUUUAAUAUGCUAAGGCAAUAUAACAAAUAAAUUAGAAACAUCAUUCAAU